UUUUAUUUCACUUUGCUUUAUGGUCAUAUUCUUGCUUUGGCAGCUGUCUGGAGGCAGCCGUGUCCACCUGUCCGACUCAGUCGCACCAUCUUCUGCAGGACUGUAUUUUGAGCCUGAACCGAUUUCUUCCACGCCUAAUUAUUUUCAACCCCGAGAAUUUCCCAGUUGUGUUUCUUGUGAAGAAAACCCGAGCUACCUCGACCAGAUCUUUGAUUCCUACCUUCAGACAGAGACACACCCAGACCCUCCGCUCAAUUCCAUGCAAAGUACUCCACACUACUUCCCAGACAGCUUCCAGGCUGCCCCUUUCAGCUUUAACCAGAGCCUGACCCCCGGAUCGCCUUCAGAUUGCUCCACUCUUUCUGGUUCCUUAGACUACAGUUACUCGCCAGCUCAGCUACCGUCAUAUGUUCCGGAGAAUUACAAUUCUCCCCCUUCUCUGGACACCAGAAACUGUGGCUAUCCCUCAGAAGACUAUUCCUACCCUCUCCUGCCCUCUCAUGCCCAGUAUGACUGCUUCUCCUCAGCCACCACCUCUGUCUGCUACUGUGCGUCCUGUGAGGCAGAACACUUGGACACCAUCAGAGCGUCAGAGUAUUUUUCCUAUCCCAGCACAGAUUAUGUGAACUUUGCUCCCUCAGCAGCAGGAACCAGUGAUUUCUAUAAAAGGGAAACAAACUGUGACAUCUGCUAUAGUUAAUAGAAAUCACAUUCAUUUGGAACAUGGCGUGUGUAUAUCUACUUUUCUACCACUCCAAGUGACAACUCAAAAUAUGCAACCUGUUAACAAAAUAUCACAAGCACGGUUUACAUGUCACCAUUUUCAACUUUCUGACACUAAUUUAGGCAUAAACGUGAAGUCCUCAGACCCAGUCGUGGUUCCACUCGUACUUUGUAUGCUUAUAGUUAAAAUUUUUGUAGGGAAUGUUCAGUUGUUUGACUUUUCUGUGUA